AUGGAUAAAAUUACGUCAGAUCUACGAACGUUCUUUCAAGAGUGGAUGUCGAUUACCUCACCCACGACGCCCCCCAGAGCUGGACAGAGAGGCCAAGAUCGCGAGAGGUUUGAGCCCUACGGUGAAGGUAGCAGCCUCGGUGCUGCUAGCCGCACACUAGCGUCAAGCUAUGGUCAGCAUUCCCAGCCACCAACGAAUAGCUUGGGGCAGCCCCAGCAGACAUGGGCAAAUCCCAGCCCGACCUAUCCAGCGGAAACGCUGCAAGGCCAACUCCAAACAACUGCGCCGAUCUUCCCAUUGGGCUCCCAGUUUCAGAGCAAUUCGAUCGUCCCGACGGCGACCCUAACGCAUUCAGCUUCUCAAUUUCAGCAUGGUCCAACCCGACCAAAUCAGAUGGCCGCACCACUACGGCAGGUGGACCGAACGCACCCUGGCCAAGCCCACAAUGCUUACCAAGUGCAAUUCGGCUCAGUUACCACGGCCGAACCCCUUGCUCCAAUAGCCCAGCAGUUGAGACCACAAAAUGAUGCGCAACAGGUCCAGCAGCCGUUUGCGGCCCAGCUGGAAUCGCCCCCUCAGUGGCUUCGAGUCGAAGACGUUCGGCAAAUGAUUGAGGACGGCCUGGCUUAA